AUGCCUCUUCUGCUGAUUCUGUUGUUUGCACAAAUUGAUUCGAUAUGGUCCUUGAAAUGUUUUUCCGGUGAUCCUGUUUUUAAAAACGAGUGUACCUCAUUGUCAUACUGCUUGAUGAUUGUCUCGCGGUGAGUUUACUAUAGUCUUUAAAACAAUGACAUUGUUUUUACGGAAACGUAGACCUGGGUAGGACAGGGCAGAGUAUGAUAUAUAAAAGAAGGGCAGGGUGAAGCAGCGUAGGGUAUGGUAGAUAUAGAAAAGACAGGGCAAAGCAGGGUAAGGAUAAUAGAGCAGUAGAAACUUUCCAACUGUUAUGAGUAAAUAUGUAUUUUAUUUUCAGAUCCGGUCGAUCCCAAUGGUCGUGCGACGGGAACGCCUUCAGUCAAGUCUCAUUGUGCUCAACUCUCGGCCUUCAACAAGAUGUUGAAGAAGAAACAAACCUCAACGUGCUAAGUCCUCGGAAACGAUACCCACUGACUUCUGAAGUCAUGUCUUCUCGUUCAGAAGGUACAUUGGUCCGAUCACCUUUUGAGUCUUCGUCUGGUCGAUAUUCUGGCUAUCGUCGUAACUCGCCGUACCCUCAGAGUAUCAACAAAGGCCGGUGUUUUGAUGGCGGAGAUUUGGGUCGGAUUUGUUGUUGUUCGGCCGACUUUUGCAAUCAAAGCAGCCGGUUGUCAUUGCCAUUCACACUUAUUUUUGUUUUGAUGAGUUUUUUCUUGAUUAGGAAUACCUAA